CCAGGAUCGAACCCGGGCCAUGGUGAGAAGCCAGCGACUAACCGCUUGAGCUAUGGCGCGGCCUGAGUCAGCAGUUGGGUUCAAGCGCAAAACAACUUUCGAAACUUAUAAUCCCCUCCAAAAUAGACGAAUGAAGUGGAGCAUCAAAUUAUUUGCAUUAGAUGAAAGUGACACUGGUUACGUUCAUAGUAUAAUUCCAAAUUGCGGGAAACUUACAGGCGAUGUGUGGAACUUGGCCAUGGUUUGAAAAUCGUCUUAUUACCAGAAUAGUGCUUUCCUUGAUGGACAGACUAUUAGUGUGUCUGGUGUUGAAGACUAUCACCAUUUCCCUGAGAUAUUAUAGCAGUGUUGACUUGGCCCAAGAAUUGGUCCAUCGAAAAUGUUCAACAUUUUUUCGAACACCGUGGUGGCCAUCUCGUCUGUCUGUUGGAGGAUAUGCUUCUGGUGCGGACCUGGGUACAUGUGCAGUGACAGACAGAAGAAUCAACAUGCGUGCUAAACGGGCAUAUGUUUAACAGCAUUGUUGUUCUUCCGCAAGUGACCGAAUAGUGAACUGGUGUGUGUUGUGUGAGGGUGCAGUUCUUCGUGGAGGUCCCUUGGAUUAUAAGUGAGCCUGUAGUGUGACUGGAUACUGCAGGACAGAAGAUAAGUGCACCGGCGGACGCAUCCAGCCAUGACCUGCAACAAGGUUGCAGCUGGUCUAGUGGCGGCAUUAUGCAGUCUGCUACUCGCCUCCCGACAUGUGGCCGCGACCGAGGAUUCUUCUGCAUCUGAAGAUGAAGGAACUGGCCGCGAUGGCAGUUACCAUGGAAGUGGAAGCGGUGGAGAUUCUGGAGAUCUUGUACCACCCUCCCAUUUGCAUGGGGGUGUCAGUGAUGGUGCAAUUGGUGGAGGUUUACACACUGACCCGUGUGGGUUCUCAGCACCCUCAGAUUCAUAUGGUCCUCCGCCAUCUCAAUCUUACGGACCUCCCCAACCUAUUUCGCAUGGCCCCCCAUCCAACUCAUAUGGUCCUCCGCCAUCUCACGGACCUCCUCCUCAAUCCUAUGGUCCUCCGCCAUCUCAAUCUUACGGACCUCCCCAACCUAUUUCGCAUGGCCCCCCAUCCAACUCAUAUGGUCCUCCGCCAUCUCACGGACCUCCUCCUCAAUCCUAUGGUCCUCCGCCAUCUCAAUCUUACGGACCUCCCCAACCUAUUUCGCAUGGCCCCCCAUCCAACUCAUAUGGUCCUCCGCCAUCUCACGGACCUCCUCCUCAAUCCUAUGGUCCUCCGCCAUCUCAAUCUUACGGACCUCCUCAAAUUUAUGGGCCACCGAAACCAAAACCAAUUUAUGGUCCCCCACGAGGACCUCCUAGUAGUUCAUACGGACCGCCGACAAUUGGCAGUGGUGGAGGUGGUGGAGGAAAGGAUCAUGUAGACGUGAUCUACGCUCCACCUCCACCGGACCCUCCUCAGCCUCCUCCAGGAUUGUAUGCAUCUUCCAAACCCUCGUCCGGAAAGCCGUCCUCAUCGUAUGGCCCUCCUAGUGGUGGUGGCAAUUUGACACCACCAGGACCUUCUUAUGGUCCCCCCUCAUCAAGUUCAUACAGACCACAGAAGCCGCCGAAACCAGUUUAUGGACCGCCAAGUAAGUUCCAGUCCUCUUCGUUUUCGUUUGGAUCGCAUUCUUUUGAUUCCUCAAAAGGACCGAAAUCCAUAUAUGGACCGCCCAAACCUUCAUAUGGUCCACCGCCUAAACCGGUGUACGGCCCACCUCCAAAGCCUGUUUACGGCGCACCACCCAAACCUGUGUACGGCCCGCCACCCAAACCUGCCUACGGCCCGCCACCCAAACCUGCCUACGGCCCGCCACCCAAACCUAUCUACGGUCCGCCACCCAAACCUGUCUACGGCCCGCCACCCAAACCUGUCUACGGCCCACCACCCAAACCUGUCUACGGCCCACCACCCAAACCUGAAUACGGCCCGCCGCCCAUACCCAAGCCUGUCUAUAGACCUCCUUCUCGACCCUCCUCUGCGUAUGGUGCACCUCCUGCGCCCAGUGGUUCUUACGGGCCGCCUCCAGGUGUCGGAGCACCACCAACCCCUCCAGAAAUCAAGUACGACGGAUGGCAACCUAUACCUGGCCUGGUUUCCAAGAUUCCAAGUGAUUCUUAUGGUCCACCACCUAGUGGAGGAGCUCCGCCCGGUCCACCACUAUCUCCCCCGAGUGGUUUAAAUGGUGCCCCACCAAGUGACGAAUAUGGACCUCCACCCCCGCCAAGUAACUCAUAUGGUGCCCCGUCUGGAGGAUUACCCAGUGACGAAUAUGGACCACCUCCAGCACCUGUAAGACUUCCGCCACCACGGCCACCGAGCACCUCUUAUGGCACUCCUAGUGAUGUCUAUGGACCGCCGAGCUUCGGAGGACUGUCACCUCCUCCGAGCAGUUCAUAUGGCGCGCCAUCAGGCGGAGGAUCUGUAGGACAGUCUCUGAUACCUUCUGGAGAUUAUGGAGCACCUCCAGUUGGAGAUCUCGGACCACCAGCUGAUCCAGGCAGCAGUUAUGGGGUACCUUCUAGUGUGGGAGGAUCACCGCAUUCUCCAAGUGACCAAUAUGGUGCGCCACCCUCAGCACCAAGUGGCGCUUAUAUUCCACCAGAACAACCACUAAUUACCCCUUCUUCACAGCCUCCAAGCAAUGAAUAUGGUGCCCCUCCAGCAUCGAACGUGGCAGUAGAAAUAACAAAAAGUCAAGGUUUCGAACUUACCGUGCCUGGAAUUUCUUCGACCCACACAAAUAUCAUGCCCAAGGAACCAGUGAAGUUUCGAGAACCCGUGCCAGCGGGUUUGCUCACUUCCAUUGGAGAGACUGUAGCCAACAACAACGCCUUUGGUAUCAAUCCUCCGAAAGGUCCCACGUAUUUACCUCCACCAGUUCCGGAUCCAGUCAACUCUCACAGUGAUUCAGGCUCACCUCCCAUCAUUUAUGGAUCCCCCCAAGCUCUCUCAUCCACUUUCUUUGGGUCAGGUUCCUCUUAUCACGGUCUGUCCCCACCUCCUGCCCCAAGCAGUUUCUCGAGUUAUUCUGGUGGUGGCUCUCAGACAUUAGCUUUGUUUGGAGGAGCUCCUGUCGAUACAUACGGGGCUCCGACGUCACAUUCGUCAGCAGGCAACAAUUGUGGUGCAACAAGUUUCGUUCCAUCCAGUGGGUUUGGUUCUCAGUCAGUGCCGUCUUCAGCAUACGGCUCUCCACUUCAUUCAAGCGGCAGUGUUGAGAUAAGCAACAGUCUCUUAGGGUCAUACCAGAACUAUGGAGCUCCUCCACCAUCCCAGUCUUACCGUGCACCAGAUGGCAACUACCAGCCGUCAGCACCCCAAGUUAUAUAUGGUUCUCCGGACCAGGCAGCUCUGCAGACCUCUUCAGUAAAUGGUCAGUCAUCAUCUGACACAGACGGCGGUACACUCGCAGGCGGAAACGCUGUUGCAGAAGCACUCACUAGCAAUGGUUUGCCUCUGGACUUGGACACGUUAUUUCAAUCACAACAAACUGCUUUAUCAGCACCGGCCUCGCCACUACAUCAUGAAGAGCUCAGAACUCAAAGUGGAACUCGCGAUUUUUCUAUCCAAGGUUCUCAAGGAAGAUACACACUUCAGAUUCAACAAGCGGGGGCUGUGGGUGGUCUGGGCUCGGGUGAAGAUAUUCCACACGAGCAGGUUCUUUCAAAUGGACUUCUACAGGAUAUUUUGGCCGCCAUAGAACAACAACCUUCUCAGCAAACGUCAGAGUACGGUUCAUCCAGUGACCUCCAGCAAGCGUCAGCAGGGUCCCUCAUUGAGUAUCAGCCCCCACCAGAAAUAGAAGAGCAGGGCUCUGUGACCAAAGUAGUAUCGGUCACUGUCUCUCCGGAGACUGGAUCAGAGUCCAACUCGAUAGUAAAUUCUACGCAAGAGGCCGAAAGUAUUGGUUCUCCUAGGUCAACACCUUUUUCGUUUAAGGAUAAUAAAAUAGCACUGUACUUUAAACCGAAAGAUUACAAUCAGUCUAUACCCGCUGCUGAAACUCAAUCAAAUUCAACACUUGGUGACAGUGACGGCUCAGUUGAUAAAGGGUCGCGGGAUUCAGACAUUGUGGGAUACACUGAACAAUAUGGAAGCAUUGUAGCGUUCAGCGAUCCUCACUCUAAUUAUGUGUAUGGGGAUUUGCCAGUGGCUGUUGAAGGUAGUGUCAACUCAAGCAGCCCUGUAAGUUCUGCGGCGACUACUCCGAACUCUGUCACAUGAAAAUAAUGUAACUAUAUCUUGAUCUUAAUAUGUGUUGUACCUUCGAAGUUUUGAUCAAAUACUUUAUUGAAUUAUGCGUUCUCCAGAAGAUUUCUAGCAGUUUGCAGUCUGGGAAAACGUUUACUGUUUUCUUGUUUAUUGAUGUGUGUUUGAAUUGGACUCUGGGUUAAUUUUGAUACUGUAUUUGAUCAUGUUAGUGCUCGGGUAUAUGGCCCCACUAUCGUUCAGCUUUCAGAAAUGAAACUCUAGUUCAAACACCUAGUUAUGGCGCAUGCUGCUUAUGCCAAAGUCAGUGAACCGCAUAAAAUGGUUAGACAUUUAGUACACUCACACUAUGACUUCCACUGGUAUAAUUAAUGAGUGAUAUGUUGAACACUCGAGAGAUAUAGAGCACAUUGCCCUCGAAGGCUGGUCUUGUUAUCCUCGGCGUUAAUUGUAACUUUGUUAUUGUACUAUUUCUUCUCUAAACCCUGGUUAUUCCGUUUUCCAUAUUUUGUACCAUUUUUUUUUCCUUUGGCGCUACAGCCCCGAUUUGAGCCUUGGCCUACCUCCAUGAAUCUCUUCGUUUCA